GUCAGACGCUGGAACAUGUAUGACAGUCUAGUAAAUUCUAUUGUCGUCAUUCCAUUAACGAAUCGCCAUCUAGUAUGUCCAUUUUAACGAUAACUAUGGAGAAUAAUUUGAACUCUUUUUGAAACUCUGAAGAAAAAGGGAAAUCAUUAUCAAACCAGGUGACUACACUUGUGAGCCAUGAUGAAGAAAGCUGUCUCCAAUGUGAUAAAUACAUCACAGGACCUUAUCAGCAGUGUGGAGUCCAUAAAUGACUAUCGUGAUGGUAAACAUCAAUUUGAUGUUGUCUCCAGCCAUCGCAGAAAAGUGGUUCUGGUGAACUAUGGGGCUAUGAGCUAUAUUCUAUCACUAUCAGUAGUUCUGCUGUUUGUCACAAACUAUUUGACCAUACCAUUUCAUUGUGUUAUCCAACAACAUGCUCCAAAUAGCACUUUCUACUACAAAACACUUAGUUGGUUCUUGCUUGCCAACUUCUUUAUGAAUUAUGGUUUGAUACUGCAUGGUGCGGUGAAGUCUUUAUAUUCCUCUCCCAAGGAUCUGCCUUUAUUUAACGCAAGAGUGCUCAGCGACUGGGGCAUGUGUCAGCGAUGUGACCGCCAAGUACCUGUCCGAACACGUCACUGUAAUAUUUGUGACCGCUGUAUUUUGAAGAGAGAUCACCAUUGUUAUUUUACGGGUUGUUGUAUUGGCUUCUAUAACCAACGAUACUUCAUAUGUCUUUGCUUUUACGGCAUCAUGGCGACAAUGUAUGCAUUUUACUUCCUGGAGAACUACCUUAGCGCAUCAUAUGUGACAUUGUUCAGUAUAGAGUUCUACAAGUACUUCUUUCCCUACACUGUGGUACUGUGGCUACUGGGAAGACAGGACUUUGUCACAGUACUCCUCGUCUUGCUGUUGUACAUGACUUUUGUCGGGAUCGGAGGAGCCAGUUACUUCUUCGUCUGGCAGUGUAAUUUAAUUCUGAGUGGUCAGACCAGUUACGAGUUGAUGAAAGGGCAAAAAAUGUUUCAAACUACCCCACUGAAUCAUUUGAGAUCAAUAUUUGGGCCACAUUGGUAUCUGAAUUUCUUAUUUCCGAUGCCAUUUCUGAAAAGUGAAGAUGAUGGAAUAAGAUGGAAUACCACAUCUACAAAAUUUUUAUGAAAGGAACAAUGUUGCAAAGUUGUAUAGCUCAACCAAGGGAAUAUCUCUUAAUUAUACAGAUAUUUAUUAGGCUUAAAAAUAUGUGUGUUUCUGCUAAGAUGACGGAAAGAGACCGGGUAGGUCAGUUGAGAAAUUAUAUACUAGAAACACUGUUUGAUAGGCUAAAUUAUAGAGUCUGUAGGAUUAGCAGAAUCACAUAUAUUUUUGAGGCCCAUAUUGAACCGAAAGAACCUUGCUAUGAUACAUAUUUAUAAUUUAGAUGUUCUAAAUUGAGUGUGAUUUUACAUAAUAUUUUCUUUGAUGAAUGUAUUAAAAUAUAUUAAAGUUCCAUACAAACGUAUAUAAAAUUGUUCUAGUCCCAGCACUAAGUGUCAACAGUGUAUGAAAGUAUAUAUGAAAAUUCCUUAGACAAUAUGUCUACAGAAAAUUGCAAUCCCAUAGCCCAAGUCAUUUUUCCAUAGACCCAUUUUGUAAACAUAUUGUUGAAAGUAUAACAUAACUGUCAUGAAAACGCUUGCAUCAUCCAGUAACAACACACUGUUGUGGGUAAAAAAAACUCUAUUGUAAGCUCUGAUUUCAUAUGAUCAUUUGUCAAAAAAUAUUGGGAUGUUGUUUACAUGAAUUGUAAUGUAAGUCAGGACUCAAACUUUUCAUAGCCAAUGGGGCAACACUGAAAUUUUACAUAGACCGACCAGGUUUUCUAUAGCCUCUGGGCAUCGGACCACCUUUACUUUCGAACACUGUGUCAAAUUUAUGUCAAAUAUUCAAUUUUUUUAUUUAUCAAAUGUUGUCCGACUUGGGAUUGCUUGCCCAUUUAAAUCUAUAAAAGAAGCUUGCUGAUCAUAAGUGUUUGCAUUGGAAGCCAAGAAUUUUACCCCGAGGGUUGAGAUCCCCCUGCUGUCCACCAAUGGGGGUGAUUUGAAUUUUGUUGUCUUACACUGUUUACCCUCUUACGAAUAUCAAAGCAGCAUCACAUCAAAUUGCAAGACAAUGUUAAGUCAUGGUAUUUUUGACAUACAAGUGUUGACAGUGUGCAAAGAGCAGUUUUUAGCUUGUCACAAUUAACCCUAUAUGGUGAGAACUAAAACUUCAAAUGUGGACAUCACUCUCCAGGAUAAGAGAUUUUUUCUACUCCUUGCUUUCUCCGUUGAAUAAAACAUUAAAAAUCAAUGACAACAUAUUUGCCUGUCAAGCCGUUUGGGAGUGACAUUUUGAUUCAGCAAUUUUUAGAAGAGUUAUUGCUCUUUGAACAUUUCAGUAAUUUUUGUCCAGAGAUCUUCUGACUACUUCAAACCAUUCUAUGAAACUAGAUAGGAUUUGUUACUGUAUAAGUUUUAGUUUCUUAGCAGCAUUUUGAUUCGACAGUUCUUCUUGUUUUACAUUACAAUUAAUUUGUCACACUUUGAUAGUUAACUUUUACCCAGUAGCUAUUACAUAGAAUAGGUGUUAUUUGUUCUGCCCUGCUGCCAGUGAUCAAUAUUAAUCCACAAUUUAUUUUAAUGAGUCCUUUUCAACUGAAUCGCUAAAAACAAAAAGUCCCACAAUGUUAAAUUUAACUAUUUACAGAGAUUCUAUCCAAAUUCUAUGAGCACUAGACUCGGGACUCCCAUGUAGAUUAUCACUGCCAUGUACAUAUAUAUGGUACUCUCAUAAAUGUUUAAAGUUGAAAACAUUAUUUGUAUUUGGUCGAAUUGCAAUAAAUAAGAAAAUAUCAAUAUGUUUGUAUAGCAAUGAAUAUACAAGUAUAUUAUCCUUUUAACAACUCAAUACUAUAAGGGAGUUUUAAAAGUCUUGUUGCUGUUUCUCGCAAGUACCUAACUUGAGAAAAGACAGAUAUUUUUCCUGUCAGAUUGGAAGUUCUAUCUUGAUCUGUCAAGAUAAUGAAAAUAUACUCAUAUGUAGUAUCAUACUAGGAUCCCCACAUCAGUUCUUGCUCGGAGGUAUGCAUGGAUGAUGAUAUUUUUUUUUCAAUAAUUAGAUCAUUCUUUAUUCUGUAAAGUGGUAAACAAGCGUUUGGUAUAAUGGUUAAGCUAUUGCACAAAACUACAGUAGUCAGGGAUCGACACUAACAGUAGCCCGGCAGCCCUGGGCUGCCAGAAAUCUGGUCGGGCUUCCAGAAUGUCCAGACCAGCAGCCCUGUGGGCUGCCAACAUUUUCAGUCAAAUGUAUAAUGUCCAGCUAAAGUUUUCUUCAUUAACUUCCAUAAUUUGGAGCAAGAUAAAAUAUUUUUAUGCUCAGAAUGAACUAGAAUGUAGGAAACUGCAUCUAAAUUAUUCAUUUUUCCCCUCUCAGUGUUGGGAUAAGGGGCUGGAGGGACAAUGCCCCCUAAUCCCCCAAGAGGGGCAUCACAUUUGGCUCCCCGGGCUGCCUCAUUCCAAAACCUGGCAGCAUUCCAAAACCUGGCAGCACCGGCGGUCUGUCAAGGUGAUUAAGUUAGUGUCAAACCCUGGUAGUUAUGUCAAUCAAAUGUUUUUGCUCUACAUCUCAUCUACACCAACAUUGAACAGUCAAGGCGAGGAAGUUGCUGACUCUGAUCAAAGUCACUGCUACAUAUUUUGCUUGUUUUGAUAAAACCCAAAAAUCAAUGGCUGGUGAGGGUACAAAUAUGACGUUUUUGUUCACAAAAUCAAUAUUCUAGGUUACAUAAUUUGAAAAAAAAUACUUGUAUUUGUAGAGUCAAUUCUGAAGAAAACCAAACCACGCUUGACACAUUGGUUAUGUUACAAUUCACAUUUUGUUAUUUUUUAUUUGAGAAAAUUCUGGAUUCUGUAGGGACCACAAUACCUUUAUCAGUUAAGAGUGCCGACCACAUAACCCCAGGUGAAGAUCCCAGGUGGGUAGUACAAUGUUCUCUUCCCAUGUCUAUGUUUCUGGGGAAGCUGAAAAACAGGCUGGUCUGUGCCGUCAUUGUUGUGUCCAUGGGCAAGACACUUUACCCUAAUUGCUCCCGAUGGCAUGCGGCAGGCCUACCUUAUGUUGUUCAGUGGGGAAGUCUCCAACUUCUACAAGGUGACCCUGCCUCAAAAUGACCCUGGCUAUCCGUACAGCCAUAUAAAACCAGCAAAACAAAACAAAUAGAUUCUGUAGUCAUGUGCAAAAUUACAUGUUUACCUAAGUAUAGGUCAAAGUAUAUAUGAACAAAAUUUAUCAAAUUGUCAUGAUUAAGUGUUAUUUGCAUUGUUUAGAUAGAUAGUUAUGUGUGAUUUAUAUUUUUGUAAAUAAAUGCAAAAGAUAUAAUUUA